AUGAACAAAGAAAUACGACAAAAGGAUACAAAAGAAACAAACAGAGAUCAACAAGAUCUCAAAUACAACACUGAUCUCUACAACAGAGAUCUAAGAACAGAUAAAACUCUUCAACAGCUUUCUUUAAACUUUGAUGAACUUGAUCAUGCCAUCAGCAAAGACGGUGAAACUUCAACUCCUGUUGCUUACCAAGAGAUUGACAAGGGUACUGCUGUUUCUGAUUUUGUUGAAGUGGACGAUGCUAUCAUAAAAGAUGAUGAAUUUCAAUCACUGCUGAAGUCUCUUGCUCCUCCAGAGAUUGACAUGUCUGUCUUUUCUAAUCUUCUUGAUUUUGAUACUAUCAUCAAGAAUCAUGACUUUGAAACACUGGUAACGUCUCUUGCUUCUAUCGAAUCUGAUUCAGAUGACGGUUAUAGUUAUUGGGAACAACUGGGUCUUGAUAACAACAAUGAGGAUGAAUUUGAAUCGCUUCAAGCGUUGCUUGCUCCUAUAGAGAAUGACAAGUGUGCUUCUGAUGAUUUCACGUUUGAUGGUAUCAUGGAGCACAUCACCAACUGUUCAAAUCGUCAUAAUAGGACGAAGGAUGACACACUUAGAGAUAUUUGUGAAAUGGUUAACAUAGGGCUAGGUCGUGGUGACUUUAGAAAGGAUCAGCUUGGAGUAACACCUUCUGAAGGUGCUCAAAGAAUUGUGGAACUUGCUUAUUGGUAUAAGAUUCCUCUCAGAUCAGCCCCUGGGGAAAGGAUCCGACUGAAUAGCGACACUUUAACUUUUGUUCGUGCUAUAGCUUGUUUCCCGCAUAUGGCAAGUUCUUUACUGUGUAAAACAUUUGGAAUGGCGAAGAAUGGUGCAAAUUCUGGUUUAGCUUCUGAGCAACUGCCUGAUUCAAUGAAGCAUUCGGGAUUUCCGGGUUUAAUUCCCAAGUGUUGUGACCCUUAUUUGAUGAAAGCUUAUUUGUUUUCUCAUACCGCCUAUAUGGUUGAUUUUGGCAAGUUGAUCAACCCGGGUGAUAAGAGGGGCGUGAAAGCAAUAGCGUUAAAUCAGCUUGAGUAUUCUAAGGCUGGAGUUGAAAAGUUACCAUAUGAUGAUGAGUUUAGAGUUGCUAUUUUAAGAGAGGUUGGUUUGACGGACCCUGCUGUUUUCAAGAAGAUCGUUGAUGUUUGUAACAAUGUGUGUAAGGUGGUUGAUGAGCCUGAGCUAACCUGGGAAACUGCUGAGAAGAAUCUUAUCAAGAAUAACAUGAUAUGUUUUUUUGAAGAUCAUAGCAAGGAUGUGGCUGUUGGUGAGCAAGUGAAGGAUUUGGCUGAUAAGCUGAUGGCGGCUAGUAUGCGUGAUUCUUUCUUUCCGUGAAUUAGUUGUUUGAAGCUACCUUUCCUCUUUUUAUUUCUUGGUAUUUUGGGUUUUUUU